UCAGCUUUGAGACAAAAGGUUUUAUUAUACCCAGAAAAGAAAAUAAAACAAUCCAAACUGAUCUUUCAACGGGGUCCUUCAAAAUAAAAGAACAGGGUGCACAAACAUUUGACUGAAUCACUGACGGGUUUUGACCGUCAGUUGAGUUUCUGUCUUUUUCUUUGCAUGUUCACUCAUAAAGCCUUCCUCCUGUGUUAGCUUUUACUGCACCCACCAUGAUAAGGGUCGGUUUUGACCCGUGUCUUAAAUCAGCUGUAAAUUACUCUGAAAACAAUUCUCUAUCAUCCAAUUUGGUUCUCAUCUCUAGGUUACCUUGUUAAGCUUCAUUAUCCAUGAAAAUAUUGUUUGUAAUAUUUCCUGUUGUGGGCCUCUGGGCCUUUCUUUGUCAGGAUACCCCUCAUACAGACAUCUAUACUAAAUUGAUCUCACUUGUCUGGACAUGCCUGAUGUUGUUUUUUGUAGAGGGAAAUACAUGGCAAAAUGAGAAUUUCCUAAAUCUCACAUGAUUGGAAGAGAAUCUGACUGUCAGUGUGGUGCCUGACAGUGUACAUGUGAUUUCAGUUUUUGCUCUAAAUAUUAGAUAUUAAUCUAACUGGGUCAACAGCGACCCUAACACGACAAGUGCUAUAAUUUUGAUUAGAGCAUUUUAUCAUUUAGUCAAUUAAAUUUUUUAUUUAUUUAUUUUUUGUUGUUGAAAUAGAGGUUCCUGACAAAGUCAAAAAGUAUUGAUGCAAAAAAGCUGAUUUAUGUGGUUCUUUUGAGCAAUCAAAAAUGGGUCAGUGCAGACCCUAACACAGGAGGAGGGAUAGAGGAUUAAAUGUCUCUGGAAGACUCUGAGAAUCAGGACCUGAGCCCUUGUCUAAAGCAUCUAAAACUCCCUGAACUCCUCCUCAAACCCUCAGCUGAUCAGAUCCACUUAGAGAACAGGUGGCAUUCCUCGAUCUGCACAUUAAUCAGAUCUUUUAUAAUUCAGAUUCAGAUGAAUUCCUUCAAUAUGUCGGCCUCACGCCUGCAGGAGGGAGGGGUGAGAGGGGUGAGGAGGGUCUUUGUUGGUGAAGAAUGGGAGGGGUCGCCCGUGGCGGGGCGUCCUGAGCCGGCAGAUGGCCGAUGAGACGGGCAAACAAAAGUGGACAGAGGACUUUCUCCUUUCAGAGCUGAUAGUCUGAACUCAAAUAUGAGGGGGGAGGAGGGGAGAGUAAGUGAGGGGGGAGAGUCUGCAAAAGUUUUUCUGAUGCUGAGGAAUCUGAAAUCACAUCCUCAGGCCCUCAUGAGGAGAUUUCAGUCAUUCAGAGGAGAUUCUUCCUUCCUGUUCAAAAUUUGUGACAUGAAUUUAACCAAGAGGAUCAGAUUACUUUAGCUUCACGGUACAUUCACGGGUUCAACAGGUGUCCUCUGCCAGGUGUCUCAUUUUGGUUCAGAUCUCAGCAUCAGAAAAACCACUGGCACGUGAGUUAGGUUUUGAAAGCAAAAGGUGAUUAAUCCGCACUCUGAAUUUUACACUUUGAUUAAUAAGUAACGAAGAAAGAGCAUGACGAAGUUUAAAGGGAAUUUUUUAGGAGCUUUUUGAUUUUAACUGGGAAUAACUUCCUUUUCCUUUGUCUGGUGUUGUUUUCACCUACAUGAACAGCUGCUGUUUCAUAGUAUACAGUCAUUUACAAAGGGUAAGGCUACAUGUUGGAUCACAUUGAGGCUAAGAGUUAGCAUUUAUUUACUCACUAUGGGCAAAGUUGAUUGGUCUCCAUGGUCCAUAUGCUGGUCUCUAACUGUUUCCAAUAUAGGAAGGUGUGAUUAAGAAAAAAGUCAGGCUUUGUCAGGUCUGUCCACUAAACUACUUUGAAAAUGUUUGUUUGUUGAAUGGAGAUUUGAUCCACCAUGGAAAUCAGGAAAAUCUCUCUUACAGUUUUUCUGCAACUAUACCGUGUAUUUCUAUGGGAUGAAAAGUGUUCAAAAGCUUACACUUUUGGCAAUCUAUGGAGGGUUUUCAGGCAUUGCUACACCUCCCACAAGGUUUACAAUCCAGCCACAAAAAGGGGUAUUUGAUCAGAGAUGUUUGAUGAUAAAUCCGCAGUGAUAUACAGGUGAAAAUAUGAAUAUUUAUCAUAUUGUUGGGAUAAAAAAAGAUCGCUAUCGCUAAAUGCCGCUAAUGUCUUCUGGGUUUGACAAGCUGUUUUGAUGACAUCUUCUGUCAAACUUUCGACCAAUUACAUAGUCUCAUAUUCUUCUUCUAUUGUUCCCUUGAUGGUAGUGUCCAAUAAGAGGCAACCAAAGAUCAUAAAGAGACAAGAAAGUUCCCUGCUUCUCUGCAAAGUAAGAAAUAAUGGUCCUCAAUGCUUGGAAACAAGCAAAGAAGAGAUUAUGAGCAGUAUGAUAGUUUGGAGUUCUAAGGGUUAAAGACAAAAUCAAAUCGUCCUCACAUUUGAAGGAGUUCAGAUGACAUUAUGUUACAUUAUGACAUUAUGUUUUUCCUGCUCCUUUCCAAAGCCUGCUGUUACCUGAUUGGUCAGUACUACUCUGAACUCCACCAUACUAUAAACAGAAACCAGAACACUCCUCUUAUAGGUAUUUUGAAAGACAUGAAAUACACAUUUUUCAUGUUACCGAAACCCUGAACAUGAAAAUCUUCUCACAGAGCUGCUGUCAUUUUCAGCUUUCUCUGUGUAAACCUCUUCACUCCUCCUUGUCUGAGUCGGGGCGUUCCAGCUGUCGAGGUUCGUCCUCACCACUUCCCAUCUUCAUUUCAAUAACAGAGGUCAAAGAUCACGAAUGCGUUUGGGGUCAGCAGUGCAUUGUGUUGCCUUAAAUCCUCCCCUCUCUCUCUCGCUCUCUCCCCUCCUUCCUCCUCAGCUCAGACCUCAGGGACAGGAUGGGCGUCACCCCGCCUGAGCUUGCUGGUAAAAACACACAGAACCUCAAGUCCGCCGUGACCUUUGAACCCUCCCUGGCACACUCAGGAAAUGAGCACUCAGAUUCAGAAAACCUCUUUAUCGAUGUGGUGAUUGAUUUUGGAGUUAUUCGUGAUAUCUUUGGGGUUUUUAGAUGCUUUGUUGCAGCUGGAGUGGAAAAUUAAAAAAAUAAAAACAGGAAAAGAAUUUCAAGGUCAUGGAAGGUCUCAAAAAAGGUCGUGGAAAGUCCUGGAAAAGAUGUGGAAUGUUUUGUUCAAGCUAGGGAAUCCACUUUUUUCAAUAAUGUGAAUGUAAACGGUUAAAAUAUGUGAUUUUCACAACUCUACAGCCUGGUCUAGAGUCACGUUUUGACAUGGAUUUGUCCCUAAAGAUUUUGUGACUUUAUAACAUGUCGGUCUCAUGAACCUUUUCUCUUCACCUUGACUCAUUCUCUUCUUUUAUUUUGACUCUAAAUGUUCUCAUCUUGUGGGUUUUUGACUCAGACUUGCCUUUACUUUUUAGCGUCCUCACAGAUGGUCACACUCCAGUCAGCUCUGUCUCUGAUUCAUCGCUUCCAUAACCUUUAAAGCUUUGAAACAAACUUAUUCAAAGAAAUUCACUUGCUCUAAAAAUGUUUGUUUUUUGGCUUAGUGUGUAUGUGGUGUACAGUGCUUCGGCAGCCAGCCUCAAGUGGACACUCAAGGAACUGCAGUUUUUAGUAUCGGCUUCAUCUCUCCAGAUCCCAGGUUACCACUUGGGUUUCUUUGCUUGAAAGGUGUUUUCACUAAGACUUGUUUUGCCUUGCAGGAGCUCCAACUCGGGCUUGUCAUUGUAGGAAUCUGAAAUAGCUGCCAAUAUUAACUUUGAGAGACAGUAUUGUUCCGAGUUCACUUUUUGACACGUCUUAGCUCCAACUUGGACUUGUCUCAGUCUGUCUGAUGCCCUAACUUGGAUGUGUUGUUGCUCUUUGGAGGCUUUCACUUGGACUUGUUUUUGUCUGAUGGGAGCCCUGACCUAGACCUCUUAAUUACUCACAGUAUCUGACAUGGACUUGUAUUUGUUCAUUAAGUGUUUUGACCUGUCACUCUUGGGCGGAUGUUUUACUGUGAUUCUCUUCAUCUGUUGGGUUUUUGGCAUGGACUUGAACUUUUUUGUCUCUUUGGCAUCAUGACACGGACUUGUUUUCUUCACUUGGUCUCAGUUUAGUGGGGUUUUUAUUUGUUUUUCUUCUCAGCUGUUUAAACCUGUUUUUUCACUUUUCUACAAACAAAAUGACUUGGACUUUUGGCGCUUAUACUAACUUGGUCCAGUCGACAAGUUUCUGUUAUUUCCUAACUUGUGACUUGAUUGUUUUGUGGAAGAUUCCCUGAGAGUUUUCUUGUUUCUCUUCCAUCAAAAAAACCCAAAAAACUAUGGAUUCUUGUGCUGUUGGUUUCAAACUUGGAAUCUGAAAAUGCUGUCUUGAGUUCUUAGCUGAAUAAAAUUUCACUUUUUAUUCAAGAUAAUGAAAAUAAUGUCGACAUGUAGACCCCGAUUGUCCUGCCGCGCUGACUUUCUCUAAAUAGCCCCUCUCUCUCUUUCUCUUUCUGAUGACCUCAUCCUGCCUCAGGCGAUAUAAAACAACUUUAAAGAAACACAGAGAGAGAAAACGAGGAGAAAAUGACUUUAAAUACCAGAAAACCAAAAUAAACAGAAGAUAGAGUGAGGUCUGGUUUGAGGAGCAGAGACGUCAUGGAAGAAGAAGAAGGAAGGAGGGGGAUACAAAAGCUAAGUCUGUGUGCUGAGGUUCAUGAAGCCCCUCCCUCCCUCUGUUCUCCCCCAACAGAUGAGCUGGUGUAAAGGGAGGGGGCGAGCGACACACACAAACAGAGGGAGAGAGAGAAGGGGAGAGAGAGAGAGAGCAGCUGGAGGGGACAAGGAGAGAUUCAGUAGUAAAGAGAGAGAGGAAGAGGAGGCAGGCUGACGGAGUAUGAAGGAGCGACUGAGUUUCUGUUCUGAGAACAACUAAACGGUAAAAUCAACUUUUACUAAACUUCUAUUUUAUUGAUGCAGAUUGUCCAUCUUUAUUCCUCUUCAGUCAAAUAAGGAGAUUUGUUUUUUUUAUCCAUUUUUUUUCUCACCUACUUUUUUGUAAAACACUUGAUUCUGACUAAAAAAGAGCAAUUGCUGAAUUUUUUUUUACUUUAAAUAUAAUGCAUGUGAUGCAGUAUUCUCUUUCACCUUAAAAACAUCCUGGAGAAAAAAAUGCUUGUUCUCCAGUUAUAUAACAUAAUUAGAUUUGAGUGAAGCACGCAGGAAACUAUUUUAAUUUUAAGAAUUCAGCAACAGAAAUAAGAGGAGAGGCUGCAGAAAAUGUGGUAGUGAUAGUAGUAGGCAGUAGUAACUAAACAAAGACUUGACUACGAUAUGAAUGUACCAAAAAAAAUCAGAAAGAGUUGAUUUUAAUGGUAUAAACAGAAAAGGAAACACGAAGAGAUUUAGAUUUAACGUAUUUAACUUGAGUUGAACUCGUAAGGAUUGACUGAUGUUGAGCUUGUUUACAUGUCAAUUUAAAUUUUUAACAGCUUUGACUUAUUUUGUUGUUUUCUGCAAAUAGGGUCUAAAUCAGAUUUCAGACUCUUCAGACUGUGAAAUCUAUAAGUUACAGUAUAUUGAAGUCGGAGUAAAAAUGUUUAGUCCUGAUGAGCUGUUUAGUUAAAGAGGAUUUGCAGCAGUGUCUUGGACUUAGUAGCAACAGCAGCAGUAGUAUGAGGACAUAAUUUUGACUGCAUUAUUGCAAUAAUCUAAUUAAAUCCAGUUCAUUCAAUCAGCUUGAAAAGUUUAAGGAAAAGUUCCUUAUUUUGGACCUCACGCCUGGCUGCAGUGAUGCAGUGAUAUCUGCUGCAUGCUCCAGGCAAUGUAAGCUGCCAUUAAUGCAAAUAAAUCUAUAUGCUACAGUUGCAUAUUGGGUAAUGUAGGUGUGAAAAGUAUUUCAACCCUGUAUUUGAUUGAAAAUGGUGCAAAUUUGAUAUAGUGAAAACUUGCAUGCUUUUAAAAUAGGUAGAACAGGUUCAGCAAACAUCUCCAUUGAAUGAUGUGAAUUUCCAACAGGUUAGUAACAUGAGUGGGUAUAAAAAGGACAUUGAGAGAGGCUGAGUCUCUCAGAAGGAAGGAUGGGAAGAGGUUCAACACUUUGUGAGAGACUGUGUGAGCUAAUAGUUUAGAAAAAUGCUUAUCAGCAUAACAAUUACAAGAAACUUGGAGAUCUCAACAAAAGGGAUGAUCCUGAGAAGUGACACUGGAUGUCUGUGAUCUUAGGCCCUUAAAAAACAAGCAUGACUCUGUAGCUAAAAAUCACUUCCAAAAGCCAUUGCCUGUAAUUAAUGUUUGUCUCUGUAUACACAAAAUGGGUCAAAGCUGAGCCAUGCAAAGAGGAAACUGGUAAUACUUUAUUUGACGCUUAUCUCUACAACGCAUUAUAAAUAUAUUUAUAAUGCGUUAUAAUCACAUUAUAGCACUGUAUAACUAUGGUUAUAAACACUUAUAAAUGAUCAUAAUGCUUUAUAGCAAUAAUCAUAACACAUAAAGUAUUUUAUCAUGACUUAAAAGGUCAGGUAUUAUAGUGAAUUAGAACUGUGAACAACUCACUGACAAUGUCCACAUAGCUAAUGCAUUACACAUGUAUUUAUGAUGUGUUAUAAUUUGCUUAUAAACUUGUAUAACGAUCAUUUUAAACACUAAUUAAUUUUCAUAAGGCUUUAUAACAAUAAGCAUAAUACAUUAUAAUACCUGACCUUGUAAGUCAUGAUGAAAUGCUUUACAACGUGUUAUGGUUAUUGUUAAAAAGCUUUAUGAUCAUUUGUGAGUGUUUAUAACUAUAGUUAUACAGUGCUAUAAUGUGAUUAUAACACAUUAUACAUAUAUUUAUAAUGCGUUAUAGAGGUAGGCGUCAAGUAAAGUGUUACCAGGAAACUUUAACACCCACAGGGGGCGCCAAAAUUAACAUAAACUGCAAGUUCUUUAUGGCAGCUUUAUGGCUGCUUUCGUAGCACUUUUAAAGCUCCAAUAAAGGACUUUUAGUUUGUUUUAAAGGCAAGCCUUCAGGCUGUUUGUUGAUUCUGCUGUACAUGUUUCACGUCUCAUCUUGCUUUAUUUUAGCUGUUUGUCGUAUCACUGGAUGAGAAUCUGUUUCACUGUAGAUACAAAGUCAGACUGUUUUUUUCUGUGGCUAUGCUUGGUUUAUUUGUUAUCCUCAUCAGCUGUUUAGGGUUAUAAAAAUAACAACACAGAGAGAGCUGUUCUGGUAUCUAAUGAUCGUGAUCCCAGUCGCCUCCAGUGUGUCUGAUUUUAGUCUUUUUCAUAUCUAGGAGCUCUGAGCACAAAGCAGAAAAACCAGAGCAGGUUUGUCUCUUUUUAGUGAAGAAAGUCAAAAAUCAGAUUCAUGAGCUCAUGAAACAUGAAUCAGCUCCACUGUAAAUAUGAACCCUCCUGUUUGAUGUCUGACUCCACGUUUCCUGGCAGACAGCAGCGUUUGUAGUUUUUCUGUAAUUUAUACCCACUCCUGGCUCAUGCUGAUGAUGUCAUCUGUCUUCAUCCUCCUCCAGGUAGCGAUGGGAAACACAGACAGCCACAGCAGCUUCGUCCCUCCUGCCAAAACCUCCGGCUCGCUCAGGUUCUCUUCCAGGAGGGAGGAGGUGCCAUCGGCUCGCAGUUGGUGGAGGAGCAACCAGGGAGGCAGCAGGACGAGGGGGAGGAGCUACCAGAACCAGAACACCACCUGGCGUUAUGAGCACGGAGCGAAAACAGCCAGAGGAGGAGGAGCCAAACUCAGAGCGGGAUCCCCUCAGAGGUUCAGGAACCAGUUUGGAUAUUUAGAAAGCGCUGGCGGGAGUGAUGGGAUGUGUGGCGAGCGGACGUCUUUGCAGAGCGGUGGCAGCCCGAAGGUGCUGCUCAGCAAAGAUGGCAGUAUGAGGGUGGAGUUCACCAACAGCAGAGUGGUCCCUAUGGAGGCACAGGGGCUGCAGACCUCCCAUAACCCCGCCCCUCCAGUGGGAGACUCCGCCCUCCGCACCAGUAAAGGAAGCUCGCUCAGCUCGGACGGCUCCUGGUACGAUUCACCGUGGGGAAGCGGCGGCGGCGAACUGGUUGAUAAUGUGUUUGUUUGUGGGGAGAGUGUGGCGAACAGUAGUGGGUACACCACCUACUCCUCCACCCGCACGGAGGAGACCGCCACCUCCAGCAGCGGGUACAACACCUUCUUCCCUGCACAGGUGGACCUCUCACCUGGAUUUACCGCCGCGCUCCUGUUUCCUGCCGCAGAGACGAGCGAGUUCACCUCCUCGUCUGCAGGAUACAACACCUGCUCCUCCGGCCGGACGGAGGACAGCGGCAUCGGAGACUCUGUGAUCCUGCCGCCAGACUUUGGCAUGGACGAUGUUUACUCUAGCCGCAACACGCUUCCCGCCUUCCCCGCCACACCUGAGGCAUCUCUACAGCAACAAAGCACCACCUCCUCCUCCUCAGCACUGCUGGAUGACAUCAUCCAGGAGGAGGAGGGGUCAGGAGGCGGCAUGGAGAAGUGUUACUCCUCCAUGACGCUGCCAUGUCGUAGACCGGAAUCUAGCAGUGCCUCCGUUACUUCAGGAAAUGUUCGCAAAGACUUCCUAAAGAGUCGCAUCAGACGACUCAGCGACUGGACAGGGAGUCUGAGCAGGAAGAAGAGGAGGAUCCAGGUGAGAAAAGCUCUAAAAUGUGACGCCCUAGUGGCCAAGGCGGGGAUUACAACAACACUACAUGUAUACAACAAGAAAAGUACUUUUUUGUCAUAUAACUGAAAGAAAAAAAUGGUCGUAAUUAUACGACGGAGUAUUAGGGCCACAUUAAGAAAAAAAAUUAAGACUGUCAGAUUAAAGUCAUUAAUUACGAGAAUAAGGUUGUGAUAAAUUAAUUUUUUACGAGAAUAAAGUCGUAAUGAACGACUACUACUAUACUUAUGAUAAUGUGGUGCUGACGUGCCAAAAGAUGAAGUAUUUCCUUUUUUGAGAAACAUUGAAGUACAUUUUCACGAAAUGCUCCAUGGCUCUCAUUUCAAUAACUAUCAUAUUAAACAACAGAUUAGAAUAUAAGGACUCUAUUCUGACUUUAUUCUCGUAAGUGAUGAUUAUUUUACAACUUCAUUCUUGUAAUAAAGUAAUUACUUUAUUACAACUCUUUUCUCAUUAGCAAUGACUUUAUUUUCUAAGUCUUCAAUUUUUUUUCUUAAUGUGGCCUUAAUACUCUGUCGUCUAAAUAUGCUGUUCUUCUAACACAAUUUAAGAAAUUAUGUUUUUUAAGGACCAGUUAGUUUUUAGGUUUCAUGAUAUAAAAUAAUAUCUAAUAAAAUAAUUAAAAUCCACGUCAUGUCUCUUCUCUGAUUCCCCUCCAGGAACCGUACGGCAGCAACAGUGAUGUUUUCACCAACGGCCUUGACUCUGGGUUGGCAGACUGCAGCACCCUCUGGUCCUCCAACCCGCUCCACACUCUGAACCUCAACCAGAAUCAGUUCUUACCAUUCAACAGCGGCUCCUCCAGAAGUCUGAACCAGAACCAGAACCAGAACCAGAGCAGCGACGCCCAGAGGCAGAACGUCUAUGAAAACUUCAUGCAGGAGCUGGAGACAGGCUGCAGCAGCAGGACCGAGCCCUCAGAGGGGGAUGGAGAGGAGGAAGAGGAAGGGGAGGGGGAGGAGGAGAUGGACGGGGAGCUGGAGGUGGGAGGAGGGGAGAGGCUGGAUGUCCUGUUUGAGAAGGAGCAGGGCGUGGUGCGGCGGGCCGGAUGGCUCUCUUUCAAAGCUCUCAUCGCCGUCAACAAGGACAGGAAGCUGGAGCUGGUGGCUCGCCGCAAGUGGAGACACUACUGGGUCACACUGAAAGGUAAGAAUGAGCUUUUCAAAAUAGUGAGCUGCUCCUGUACUUUUGAUCUUAAAGGUUUAGUUGCAUUGUGGGUAAUAAACUAGCUAUUUCUAAGAAGUGUAAAAAUGUCUUAAAUCUGCAGUCUUUCUUGCUGCCAGCAGGAGGCGACUCCACUGGUUGAUGAUGCAGAGGUCGAUGAGAAAAUUGCUUUACUAUUUAGUCUGGUUUCAGGGGUGAUGAUGGCCACCCUGAGCCUGCGUCACUGGUCCAGGGCUCUCUGGGAUUGAUGAUUAUCCUCCACUGUUUGUUUCAGGUUGCACUCUUCUGUUUUACGACACAUACGGGAAAACCAUCAGCGCUGACCGGGAGCUUUCUCCUCGCUACGCUCUCCUGGCCGACGACAGCAUCGUCCAGGCCAUCCCCGAACACCCCAAGAAGGAGCAUGUCUUCUGUCUGAGUAACGCACAUGGAGACGUCUACCUCUUCCAGGUGACGAGAUGCACUUUUAUUUUAUUAUGACAUCUAAAAAGAGAAUGGGCCAAAUACGAGUAUUUUUACUGUUUCAGCCUCGAGGACAAACUCUGCUUGUUGUGACCGUUCUGUCUUAUUUUUCCUCCUGUUCUUUCUAUUUUUGAACUUCUCGGUUUCCUCCCGAUUGUCUCCCUCUUGAUUGCUGGCUGCGUUUCUUUUCCCAUCACACUCUGUCAUUAUAGACGGUGUGAACGGGUGAGAAGCUGGUGACGGUUGUGGUUUCUCUUCAGCACAGAAUCAUCAGUGUCACCGCAAACAUGCAGAGAGUCUGAGUAGGAUUUGGUUGACUUGAUUAUGACUGUGACGCUGCCAGCUUUACACCACUGACACUGAAACACAAAACAAAUCUGGACUGUAGUUUUAGAGAACAAACUGAGACGACAAUAGAGCUGUGUUUGAAUUCUUGAAGAUGUCUUACUGUCCAAGUUUCAUCUGUUUCUGAUGUUUUAAUUUUAGUUCACAGUCGUCGUUUAUCUGCCUGUACAUGUAACUUAUUUCCUUUUCUGAUUUCUGAUUCUUUCUCGUGUUUCUUCAAGUUGAAAUGAGGUCUGACAGCAGCUGUGUUUGUUUUAGGGAUCCAGCUUCUCCUAAAGCUCCAAUAAAACUCAGAAUGAGGUCUCCUGUUUUAAUCCUUCAACACAUAUUAUUUCUGACAGAACGAGGAUCAAAAAUAUGGACUCAAGAGGGUCAGAGGUCUAGAAAUAGCAGCGACACGUUUCCUGUGUCAGCGAGAAGAUGUAACAGGGAGCAUCUCUUCUUCUUCACGCUUUUAAUGAGCCCAGUGAGCUCUUUUUUAUUCCCUCAGUCACUCUCACUCCUCUCAGCUGUGGAGGGUGUUUACUGACACACAAAUCACACCAAGGGCCUCCUCCAACACGUCUCCAUGGAUCCCAGAGGACUCACCCAGGAGGAGGAGGAGGAGGGGAAUGGGACUGAGGUGUUGAGGAGCUUUUGUCAGGGCCUGAAAGGAGAUGGAGGUGGAGGGCGGAGGAGGGUGAAAGCGUGCUAAUGGGAGUCACGACACCCCGCUAAUCACCGCAGCAAAUGCUCUUUUUUUUACGACAAUGACCCGACACGUUUCCCUCCUAAACAAAAACACCUGUUAGUGUCAGGAAAUCAGAAAUACUGCUUUCUCAAACGUUCAUUCUCAAGCACUUAAAGUCUCUUCUGCACGACAUAAUAAUCAUAAAUCUGUCUUCUUGUCUCUGUAAGGCCACCAACCAGACCGACCUGGAGAACUGGGUGACAGCGAUCCACUCUGCGAGCGCCUCGCUGCUGGCCAAGCGUCAGGGAAAGGAGGACACGCUGCGCCUCCUGCGCUGCCAGAGUCGAUCGCUGCUGCACAAGAUCGACAUGGACGGAAAAAUGAAGAAGAUGGCCGAGCUGCAGCUGUCCAUCAUUAAAGAGCAGAAGAACAGGAAGGCUGUGGAGAGCCAGGUCAGUCCAUCGGUACAGAAGAGUUUAAACCAUUUUGACCCAUUCUGUCCUGAUACAAGAGUUCAGCUGCUCAACAGUUCAGGGUCUCCUUUAAAGCUCUAAAUGUUUUCAGUGAGGGACAAGUCAGGAUUGCAGGCAGGCCAGUUUAUCAGCAGGACUCUUCUACUACAGAGCCAUGAUGUUGUAAUCCCUGCAGAAUGUGGUUUCCCUCGUCUUCCCUGAAAAAGUCUUUGUCUGGAUGGUAGCAGAUGUUGUUCUAAACAUGUAGAUGUUGUUCAGUAUUAGUGGAGCCUUCACAGAUGUGAAAGGAAGGAUGCAGUGUCAGUGUUUUCCAAGAAGAAGGUCAAAGUUGCAAAAGAUCUGGAUCGGGUUUAUUUGGUUUCCUCUUGGCAUGGUCCAGUUUUAACUUUUCUUUGUGAAUACAGUGAUGAAUUGUUCUUGCAAAGGACAGUUUUUGGAUGUGAUUUCGAGCUCAUGUGGCGACUUCUACUGCAGAGUCCUCUCUGUUUUUAAUGCAGUGCUGCCUGAGGGCCUGAAGUUUAUUUCACACAACUUUUUGUCUGUUUGGUUUUUCCUCUAACAACUUUUUAAAACUUUAUUCCCCCUUAAAUUUAAAAGGAGCCUAAAUUUUUCAUGAAACAAUAACACUUUCCAGUUUCGACAUCAUACAUGUUGUCUAAUAAGCUCUAAUCAACUUUAAAACCUCUAAAAUCUGUUUACAUCAACGUCAUACUCGGUGUCCUAACACUCUUUUGGAAACUGAGUUCAGGUUGAAAUCAGAAACUGAGAUAACUGACAGAAACAGCAGUCGUGAUGUUCUGAAGUCCUCCUCCUGGCACUGUUAGCUGCACUCAGUGCCAGAGGAAGUUUUCUCUCUCUCUCUCUCUCUCUCUCUCUCUCUCUCUCUCUCUCUCUCUCUCUCUCUCUCUGUCUGUGUAAUGUGGACCUCAUUACAUAACAAUCAGCCUUCAGGAUGUUCUGGCAGCUGCAGAUUCUCACGUGGAGUCCACUCUAACAUCAGCUCCAGAUGUUUAGGGGGCUGUUACCGGCAGCCUGAAACAACAGAAUGGUUUCCCGCUAAUGGCAGAUCCAGAUGAGAGCGAUCAGAGUGACAUCAUGAAGCAAAUGUGGAGGUGGUGAAAGGAGCGUAAAACCUACAGCUCUACAACCAAACCAGGGUGUGAAAAAAUACACAUCUACAUCCCAACAGGCUGCUUUAACAACAGCGGUUAAAAUCACAUCCUUUGUGUCAUUUUUGGUGCAGAAAACAGCCCAGAUUAUUCCAGAUAAACAGCGCCAGAUCCUCAAUUUGCAAGAACAGCGUGUUAUCAAUACGCGAAAAAAGGUCAUAAACAGCUAAUCUUGGCUGAACAUAGAAAACACGUUUGUACAGUUAACCCCUAAAAGCUCAAGUAAGAGGAUUUUAAGUGGUUUAAAAAGGGUUGAAAUUGAUACUGAGUCUCCAUUAACCACCCAUAAAAGCAAAGAUAACCGUCUGGAAAAGUUUUAUAGUUUAAUAUUUAAUGUGCGGCACAAUUUUUGCAUUUAAUUUAGCGCUUUGUUUGAUCGAGAUGAGAAAAAAAAGUGAUUUGAAAGACUUGUUUUUUUAGUUUUCUGAUUUAUUGGUGUUUUUUUGCCUUUUUUAAUGAGCCAGAGGAGGAGGAACAACCAAUGUAGGGAGCAAAGACAUGCAGCAAAGGGUCGUGGCUGGGAAUCACACUAGCAGCUGCUGCUACGAAGACAACAGCCUCUAUUUGUUGGGCCCGUGGAAAGUUAAAGUAUCAGCGCCCCAUACUGAGCAUUUUUUGUACUAAUAGUUUGUAAGGAGUUUUUACAGGCAUAAAAACAACUACAAAAAAGUUGAAACAACAAUGUCACCCAAACAUCAAGAAUGCAAACAAACACAAAAAACCCGACCAGUUAAAUCCACUGUCACAGGAAACCACAAAAUACUGCAAAAACCAGAGAGUACAAGUCUGUCCCAAGGGGUGAAAUGUUGUUUAACAUCCGUACGUUGCUGUUUUUACUCUCAAAUUCUGUGUUUUCUGAACAAAUUCUACAAAUUUUUGUCUUUUCUUGUGUUUUUACUAUCAUCAGAGAGUGUAAUCUAAUUAAAUCCACUAAAGACGUAUGGAAAGAAUUCAUCCUCCCCCUCUUCUUCCUCCUCUUCUGUCCUCGCUCUCCUCCCCCCUUCACCUCCCCCUCUUCUUCUGUUACUCUUUCUCACGCCACACAGAGUUCACAUUAAGUUGGCUCAGAAAUAAUCGGAUGUACUUAAUAAAAACGAAACACAUUUUUAAUAUUAAACUGAGUUUUUAUGAUUUUUUGGUGAGAGAUAACUCGACAGGACAACAGGUUUGAUUCAUUCAGCAGUUCCAGUUGUUGUUGUUUCCUUUGUCACCCUCCUCUCUGUCCUUCCUGUCUGUCUGUUCCCACCGUCUCCUCCGCUCUAAAUGUUUAAUUGAAUGUUGAGCAGACGGAUCAGAGUUUAAUCUGCAGACAGGGGAGUUCAAACAGCCGAGCAGAGAUCACAGAAAUGUCGAGCCACUGCUGGAGGACUCAGACAGCCUCAGUGUGAAGGGGGGCGUCAGAAAGACCUCAAAACCAGCUGCUAAAUCACCACAAAUACUAACCAACCAUUGAUGUAAUGAUUGUCUUAGUCUUUCUGUUCCCAUCCUGGUUAAAAUGUUUGAAAUGAAAUCAGGUUGAAGUGGAUCUAUAACAGACCCUGUUGUUUUAUGGUGCCGUUCAGAUCCAGCAGUGGGAGCAGAACCUGGAAAAACUGAACCUGGACCUCUUCCGGCUCAGGUGUUACCUCUCCAGCCUGCAGGGGACUGAACUCCCAAACCCCAAGAGCCUCCUAGCCGUAGCCAGUCGUCCCUCUAAAAGCAUGCUGGGACGCCUGGGUGUCUUCUCCGUGUCUUCCUUCCACGCCCUGGUAAGAAAACUUGACCCUGAAUAACCCCUGUUCUUCUCUGGCUGAUUUGUGCUGUAUCGGCCGUGUUUGAUCUCUGGGGUCUUCCUCAGGUGUGCAGUCGAGAUGAGGAAGUCCUGAAGAGGAGGUGGAGGUCUCUUUCAGGUGGAGGCAGCAGGAGGCGGGGCCUGCCGUCCUCUCUGAAGGUUCUGGAUGGAGCGAACAGACGCAGCAGAGACAGCAGACAGUCCACGUCCCAGGUAACACACCACACCAACAGAGAAGCACUUCGAUGUGAAAGUCCUGUACAGAGUUAAGGGUGAAAAGAAUAACCUUAAAACUUAUGAGCUGAUGAGGAGAAACAGACCAAAAACAACAUGACAUAUUACCUCUGUUUUCUGGUUAUUUUCUGUGUUUAUUAAUCCUGGUAAAGGGUUAAUCUCUGAUGAGAUAAACAGCAGGGGGCGCCAAGAGUGACACUUAAUAAAAGUGCACUUCUUCUGCAGAAAAGGUGUUGAACUUCUGGAGACUUUAAGUCAAAAAUAUGACAAAAACUAGCCAGUCAUUGAAGCAAUAGUAGAAGAAGUGAUAGGUUUUUAGGUUGUGGGAUUAUGAGAUGAUAUAGAGGUGGUGAGUUGUACUGGUCUAAUAGUUGUAAACUGCACUAUCAUCGGCAUGGAGAAAAUCUUUUUUUAAAGCUCCUGUUUAAUCAUCUUUUAGCUGUUUACGACAUUCCCUCACUGUCUCUCAGAAAAGGUUUUGAAUUUAUUGAUCUAAAAUGGCCCAAAUUCAGCCUCUGUGGAGGAUCUGCAGCCUCUCAGUUUCACACCUCGGUGAUCUGAGUGGGGGGGAUGCUAUUAUUAAUUUCUUUCUUUACAUGAGAGAAAAUAGAGGUUCCUGAAGUUCCUGAAGUUUUUAAACCGAUGUAAUUGCCCAAGUACUUUUCUGGUGUUCACUGAUUGGUCGGAUAUGUUGCUUAUGAUCCAUAAAAGUUGUUUUUUAAGACUGAAGAUUAACCGAUCGUACCUGCACCAUCCCGCUUCCUGAAGGGUUAAAGUCAAAUUUCCUGUCAGUUCUGUGAAAUCCCUAAAAAUCCUGAUCUGACAUGUUGCAAAGCGUCUCUAUUAGGCAGAUGUUUCGGCCUCCCUGUUGAAACUCCUCAACAUUUCAACUGCUGGAGUACCCAUCAUGCUCAGCUCAGAGGGCCCCCUCCUCUGGAUAAACAUGAGGCUAUUUUAAGAGUCUGAGGAGGAAUCUGUUUGCAGCUGAAGCUUUGUUUUGGCUCAGAGUUUUUGCAGACUGACGCUUUACACACCUCAGCACGUGUUUCUACAGACAGUCUGAGUGUCUCCUCUGCUUCAGCUCCACAUUGACGUCAUUUUGGUGACAUUAUUUCUCUGUGUGCAUGGACCUCACUCCAACUUCUCACUCUGGUUUCUCUCCUGGUCCACAUGAUGCUGCAGAAAGUUUGUGGAAACUUUUGGUUUGGUUAACCAGAGCUGGAAAUUCCUGCAGCACAAGCAGCCUCACGUUUCAGGACUUUGUCUCCACAGUCUGGCUCUGAUUUUAACACUUAAUCAGCUGGAUUUUCAUUACAUUUUUAAACACAAUGAACCAAUCGGAGCUCAGCAUGCUCUGUUGCUGUUUAAAGUCUGCUGCAGGAGGGUGUAGCGGCUGGAAAUCUUCAUUCUGUAGAGAUCAUAUAGACUUUGAAAUAAAACACAACUUUAAAAAGCUGGACCACAAAGCUGGAGUUGGAGGUUGUGUCCUUAUAAGGACUUCUGGUGGACUCUGUGUGUGUCAGUGUAAUAACGAUGAUGGUGGUGUGUUUACUGGGUUUACUGACUGUCGGUGAUCCUCAGACUCCACACUGACUGCAGCUCCUCCGCUCCAUCUUCACAAACCUGUAAUUUUAGCUCAGCUCAACCCCUCAAUUUUUUUCCCAUGAUGCUCUGGUGCUGAUUUUGGUUUGAUCUGAGACUCAUUUUAGUAUCAAAGUCAUCCCCGUUUGCUCCUCGACGGAUCAUUUUCAUUUAAAUAUAGACGAAAAGAACUUUUUUAGUUUGUCCUGAGUCAUGACUUCAGUGUGUGUGUGUGUGUGUGUGUGUGUGUGUGUGUGUGUGUGUGUGUGUGUGUGUGUGUGUGUGUGUGUGUGUGUGUGUGUGUGUGUGUGUGUGUAGCAGCUCUAAAGCUCACUGUCCUCUGAGCUCUAAUCAUCAGGAAUCUUAAUGACAAUACAUUAAUAAAAGGGUAAAGCUUGGAGGCUUAUUAAAAAGUGCAUACAUAUGGCUUGUGUACAACCGAAGCCUACUGCAAAUAAAAAAAAGAAACAGUGCUGAAGUUAACAACACAAAAAAAAGUGGUGAUGCAAAAAAAAAAAAAAAGUUACUUUCUGCAAAAAUAAAAGGAUGCAAAUAAAAAAAGCCAUGAUGAUGCACCGGUGUUUUACAAUCUAGGCACAGAAGGCUACGGCAAAAAGACGAGCAAAGAAGUGGAAGUAAAAGAGUAGAAGUGGUUUAAUUUCGCUUUGUAAACUUUUCAUUGUGUCGUUAUGAAGGUGAUCUGGAGGAUGCUGGUGUCGUAUUAGCUUCAGUUCAACUUUUUAUUAACUGUUAAAUCAUGUCUGUGUGCCGCAGCUUUAAUGUUUCCUCCAAUAUUAUUGAGUCAAAUCAGACAAUGAAUUGAGCGAACGGGGCGUCCGCACUCUUACGGCCACUUUGUCUGCUGCCACCUGUCACCUCCUGAACCCCCCAAAGAGGGGGAGAGAGAGAGAGAGAAGGGGAGAGGAGGAUUAAAAACCCUGACAGUCUUUUCUUCUCCCAGCAUUCCUUUGUCCCUCUCCGUUAAUCCCUCUGAAGAGACCCAUAAUGACUCCCCCACCUCCCCUACUCGCCACAUGACCUCCUCCUCUUCCUUCCUCUGGUCUGCUCCUCUUUCAUCCCCCUUCCUCCCUUCCUUCCUUUCUUCUUCAUCAUCUUCUCCACAUGUCGCCUCCUUGUUUGUCUCCUCUAACAUCCUGAUGCUGAUUCAGCUGGAAUAUGCUUUGUCUCCUUCUUUCCUUUCCUUUUCCUCUUUCCUCCUCUCUAUGUCUUAGUAUUUCCCCCUUUAUCUCUUUCUUUUUUUCUUAUUUGCCCAUCGAUCCUUCUUCCCUCCACUAAUUUUCUACCUUCUUCUCAUAGAAAUAAAAGGAUUCUUUAACUUUGUAUCCUCACAUUUCUUUCGCUCCAUCCCUCCCUUCUGUCUUCCGCUUUAGAUCUUACCUUUUAGUUUAUCCUACUCUUCUUUCCUCUUACCCUACCUUCUCUUUUCAUCCUCUUCUUCCCUCUCCUUUUCUUUGUCGUCUCCUUUCAUUCCUUACCCUUUCUUUACUCUUUCUUUUCAUUCCAUACCUUUUCCUUAUUUCCUUCCUUUCUUUUAUCUCCUUUCCCCAUCUUUUCUUUAUUUCUUUCCCCUCCUACACUUCUUCUCUCUUUCAUUAUUUCCCCCUCUUCUUUCGUUAUUUUCUUUCCUACCCUCUCCCCUACUUUCCUUUCCUUCUCUCCUCAUCCUCUAGCCUCUAGCUCCUUUCUUUACUUUUGUUUCCUCUUCUCCUCUCUCAUUCCUUUCUUCUCUUUCUUUUCCUAAUAUUCUUCAUCUUUACUUUUUUCUUUCUCUUGUUCCCAUCUUUCCUCUCAUUUCUUUUCCCUCUUUUCCUCCUUUCUUUUCUUUUUUCUCUAUCGUCCAUCUUUUUGCCUUCUUUUUUCUGUCCUCCAUGUCUCCUUUCUUCUUCCUCAGUUUUUUCCCCUGACCUUUACACCCUUCUUUACAUCCUUUUAUCCCUCCUCCCCUCCUCUUUCUAUUUCCUACAGUUAAACUAUGAUUUCAGUCAGACACCUUUCAGCCAAUCACAGAGCAGUAUAUUUCUACUUUUUUAGUUUUUAUUUGUCGGCAGUUGAGACGUUUCCUGGAAAACGUGGAAAAUGAACCUGCAGCUGAUUGGCUGAUCAAGCAAAAUACAAACAGAGUUAAUGAUUUACUGUAAAUUUUCUUUAUUUUAAUUGAUUUUAAGUGUUUAUGUUUGUCUCCUCCUGCAGACAGGCCACUGUGUGUCCAAUAAGAGGGAGGUGGCGCCCUCUGCAGGACAUCCUGCAGCUCUGCAGGUGUGUUCACUGACUGUUACCUCGAAGUUUGUAAAUUUAAGUUUGAGUUUGUCUAAAACGACCAUUCUGUCUCUGUAACUUUUCUGCAACAAAACUAACAUUUAUGGUCAUCAGCAAAUUAAGUAAAUUAAUUUUUGUCCCCAAUUCAAAAAUUUGUGAAAUUUAACAAUCAAAUCUUCACCAUGUUUGUCAAUAAGUCAGUCACACCAUGUUUACCGCCUGAAUGACUCAAAGGUUUACCUCAUUAUUCAGACAUUAAAUACGUUUAAAACAACCAGUUUUAACAACAAAACAACAUCCUCUGUGUUUCUGUUCAGGUGUGUGACGAUCAGGUGUCUCCCCUCAAUGUUUUCACUCUGAACGUCUGCAGACUAAACGCUGCUGAGGACUUCGGUAAGAGACUUUGAUUUAUUUAAAGCAUACUUGUUUUAUUAGUCUUCAGUUUCUGUUGGCGUUAUUUCUUUUGCUUUUUUCCCUCUUUUUAAAUUUUCAGUCACAGCUUUAUUUUAAGUCCUCUGUGGGUUUUUCUGCAGGUUUUGCAGUUACGGGUCACGUGGAUGGAGCUGGAAAGAGUCACAUCUAUGUCAGCGAGGUGGAGCCACAGGGACUGUCAGCUGGAGAAGGUCUGACUCACAUUUAACUCAAUAAUAACAUUUAAAGGUGUUAGUUAGGUAUAAAUAAUGACUAAAUCUGUCUUGUUUUCCCAUCAGGCCUCAGGGCAGGAGAUGAGGUCCUGGCUGUAAACGGGCUCUCUGUGUCCGGUCUGGACCUGGACUUGAUGCAGAGUCUCUUUAGCCACCAGAAGCUCCAGCUGCUGCUCCGGAGAGACGAGUCACCUGACCUGGAGGAGCCCACAGCCGCCGUCUGGCCUGACCCUGGUGUCCUACAGCAGCCCUCGCCCCCCACAGACCCCCAGAGCUGGAUCAAAGGUAUGAUAAAUUAUUGAAAUAGUUCAGUGAAGUUUUGAGCCUUUUUAAAGAUCAUGUUUCCUCUUUUUAUUGAAUUUUAUUUUCUUACCUCAAUUCAAACUGCACCUUACUGUCCUCUGUCUUGCACAAAAGCCUGUUUGCACUCCAUCACUCUGCUGCUCUGUACCCCAGAGUGUACUGUGUUUUAGAUCAGGUCGGUUGUGAAUAUUGUUUUUUAAAAUAGGUUAAUGCUGCUGUAAAUAUCAUUGUUAUAUUUUAAAUGUAAAUAUUGGUGUUUAUUUUAUUAUGAUUCUUUAAGAUUUUAUUUCAAGUUUUUACUUAUUUGUUCUUACAGCUGAUACCUGGUCUUCAGUUCUAGUUUUGGUCUUUUCUCUUGCAGACUGGAAUGACAAAUAAAACUCCUCUGAAUCCUUUAUUGUGACAGUCGAUCAGAGAUAAACUACAGAUAGACCGAGGGCUUUUAUUGUGAAAUGAAACUCUUCAGUUUAUGUUUUCUGACAUAGGAGAGGCCAGCAUUUAAUCCUGUAGCUCCCUCGGGGCUUUUAUUGUGAAGGCAGGUCGAUUCUCAGUCAGAGGCACUUAGCGCAAUGAAGAGGCUGCAGCCCCAGGGGAUUAUGGGAAAACUGCCUGGAGAUAAUGUGCAGCAGGAGAAUUUAUUUGUCAGAUGGUUUAAUCUUAUUCUGACUGUUUAUUUAUUUAUUUAUUUUUUUGGAAACAGAUAAGAGGCUGGAUUCAGAUCUUUUUUUAUGCUAUUAUUUAAAUUUGGAGAUGAACAGAAAACAUUUUCAGAUCUCAAUUUUGUGUCACAGGUUCUACACCUUCCACUCACACGCCACACUGUGUCCAGCCUCCUGCUUCUGACGCCAUCUCAUCAAAGCCACCUGAAGACGUAGAGCUGCAGGUGAGACUUCCUCUUUACAAUCUGUAUUUAUCUGUUUUUGUGCCCUCCUUCAUGUCUGUUAAUCUACUGAGAUGGAUGCCGUAGUCUUGCUCAGGAAAACAAAACAAAGUUGUCUUCAUUUUAGUUGACACGACUGAUGUUUCCAAUUUUAUGAGGUUAGCCACAGCAUGUGGUUGUUACUUUUUACACAGCUUAUACUGGCCUUUGUUUACAAAGGGGCCGUCAGUGAAGUGGUGAAUGUUGUUAUGAUGUUGUUGAGAAUACAUCCAAACUUUAUGCUGUUUUCUGGUGCUUCAGUCUCUGGGAAGAGAAAUCCUGAAAAAUAACGUGAACUGAUGAAAACCGAUUUGCCGCUUUUUAAAGGAGGAUUGAUUCUGGCAUCUCGUUACGUCAGUCUGUGGCACCUUUAAACUCCUUCUACAGCUCCAAAUGCUCAUUGUUUAUUUUAGACUGACCUCAUUUUAGCCCCUGACUACAUCAUUUCGCUCUUUUCCACUGAUACAGUCCGACACUUCUCUUGGGUGUUACUUUUUACACAGCUUUGUUAUCAAGAUACAAACUGAGAGUUAAACCUUUAUUAAUGUCUCCUUUAGGUUUACACUGCUUUCUAUUUAGUUAUAAAACUUAACCCAAGUUUCAUAAAGCCCCCUGAUGUAACAUAUAUUUGUGUAUUAAAUAUGAAUCAGCUGAGUAGAGCUCCUUUAAAUAAAACAGUAAAAUAAAGACUGAUUUGAUGCGUGUGUUGUUGUGUGAUCCGCUGAUCUAUUUAAUCGAGUACUUUAUUGAUCUCCCCUGCAGAAAUCCUUUCCCACAAUCCUCCUGUGCUUCCUGAACUUAGACGGCAUGUUUGUAUCAUGUGACCUGACAGGUCAGAUAAUCCGGUUUACACCCUCAGGACAGUGAGUGUUUGUGAGUCUGUCGGAGGAUUAAUGGUGUCCUGCAGCAGGAGCACUGACAGGUUUUAGAUGUUGUUCCUCAAUGGCAGCUCCUCCGGCGCUGAUGGCCCCCGGAGGCGACCUCUGACCCCGACCCAGACCCCCUCCACCUCCUGUUCUCUGAGCAUGGGCGCACUUUGCUGGGUGCUGCCGCUGGAGGAGGACGGGGAGACGCUGGAGGAGGAAGAAGAGGAGGAGGAGGAAGGAGGGGAGUUCUUUGAGGUGGCCGGUCUGCUGGAUGAGACAGGGUGCUGUCUGAGCUGCAGACGACCCCCUGAACGCCUCAUACUGCUGGUUGGUCUGUUGUUUGGAUCUGCUGUUAGUUUUAAGUCGUAGCUACAGUUGUUCUUUGUCAUCGUCAAUCACAGCUGGUUUAAACUGUGCGGAGUGAGAUAGUAGAGACAGCUCAUCCAGGUUGGUGUUGAAGAGCCUGACUGGUCUGCACAGAUUCAUGACUGGGACUAAGUGUUUGAAUCAUGCAUACACCCAAAAUCGUUUGUAUGCACAACUUCACCUGCAGCUUUCUGCAGACAUGUUACCCUAGCUGCUAGAAAGGUUAGAUGCAUGAAUCAUGCAAGCACAAAAGAUCUUUUUUUGAUGGAUUUCAGGGAACAUUUGGUUUGUUUUUCAGGAGGAUUGAUGGAGGUUUUGCCCUUGAAAAUGUUGCAUUCAAUGACACCUUAUUUACAGUUGUGUUAAAGGAUUAUGGGCCUCUUUCCAUGUCUUAUAAACAGCAGUUGUGGUUGAUGUUUUAGUAAAACUAAAGCACUAAAUCUGGACUCUGUUUGUGUUUGAAGAUGAGCUCUUAGUUUGAAUUUAGCUGUAUGUGCGCAACGUUCAAGAGCAGAAACUGAAGCAUCCUUUGCUGUUAUUAAAAGCUGUGGUUCUGCAGGCGAGCGGGCCGAAUUUAUCAGACUGUCAGCGGUUUAUUAGAGUGUGACAGCACAGAUUAUGAUGAUGAACGAGGCGGCCGGCUGGUUAACUCCUCGUCCUCCUUCAGGGUCACACUGAGAACGGUCCUGUUUGAGUUUUUAAACCCUGUUGGAUCUGAAACAUGAGCAGAGAGUUGAAAAUCCUCGAAAGUCUGAAACACUCACAAAGUUUGCUUUCUGUUUCCCAGAAUGUGGACCGGGUCUACUCCCUCUACCAGACUUUCCCAGAAUGCCAAGCAACAGGCACAGAUGUUCCCAAGAACCCAUACAAUGGAGAGGUGGGACUUCAGCCUCCAAGCCCCGCCCACCUGAGUGUGUGUCAGCGUUUGAGGAAAGUCAUCCAGGAGCUGGUGGACACUGAGAAGUCUUACGUCAAGGUCAGGAAAACUGCCAGAGGCACUAUUUCAGCAGUAAUCCUCCUUCUACUACUGCUGCCAGCACCAUUACACAGUACUACUGUAGUAAUACGACACCUGCUGUAGGACUUAAACUGUAUACCUGAUUAUUUAAUUCUGACGCUGCUGUUACAGGAGCCCAAAUGUUUUCAAUCCGUUAAAAUUUGAGUAAAUUUUACGUGAAAAAAACACAACCAGCUCUAUGUCCAUGUCUGAUCAUCUCUCUGAAGUUCAACCCCUCCCUCUUUCUCUCUCUCAGGACCUGGUGUGUUUGUUUGAUAUCUACCUGACCCCCCUGCAGCAGGAGACCUUCCUCAGUAAAGAAGAGGUAAACACAGAACCACAGCGUCACUGAUCAGAGGUCAGUUUGAGUCGUAUCUCUGUCUGCAUCGUCUCUUACUCUCUCCCUCACUCUCUCUCUCUGCAGAUGGAGGCGCUGUUCGGCUGUCUACCUGAGAUGUUGGACUUUCAGAAAGUUUUCCUUCAAACUCUGGAGGAGCGGAUCGCCUCGUGUCCAAACUUUGGCUACCUGGAAACACCCGCACAGUUCAAAGUGAGGAUCCAAACCAUCUCCAAACACAUUACAGGAAAUAACUGGUGUGUUUUUUAUUUUAGUUACAAGAAAUGCUCCUUUUUUUUCUCCGUAGAAACUCCUCUUCUCAUUGGGAGGAUCUUUUCUGUACUACGCCGACCACUUCAAGCACUACAGCGGCUUCUGUGCAAACCACAUCAAAGUGCAGAAAGUUCUGGAAAGAGGUGACUACAACUUAAUUUACUCAUUUAACUCACCUGAAAAUACAAUCAGAGAAACUGUGUUUUUGAAGCUGUAAAAAUAUGAACCUCAGCUGUGAGGAUGAACCUGAAAAUGUCUAAAUGUCGUUUUCACAGCAAAGACAGACGCAGCCUUCAAGCGCUUUCUGGAGGCGAGGAAUCCGACCAAUCAGCACUCAGCGUCUUUGGAGUCAUACCUGAUUAAACCGGUUCAGAGAGUCCUGAAGUACCCGCUGCUGCUACGAGAGCUGGUGUCCCUGACCGACCCAGAGAGCCCUGAGCACACACACCUGACAGGUACACAGACUCAAGAUUUAGGACAAUUGAGUGUCAUGACUGAGAAACAGAGGCUAUUCACAGUUUGGACACAGCCUAUGAAUGAAAGUCCAUGUUCCCCUGCUGACUGCAGUUCCUCUCAUGUCCACACAGAGGCGCUGAGGGCGAUGGAGAAGGUGGCAAGUCACAUCAACGAGAUGCAGAAGAUCUACGAGGAGUACGGCUCAGUGUUUGACCUGUUGGCUGCAGAGCAGAGCGGAGCUGACAAACAGGUGAAAAAAACACGACAUACAGAUGCUGAUGAACCUUCAGUUUCUUUCAUUUCAGCUCUAUUAUUCACUCUUAUAGUUUUAUUUCUGUUUUUCAAUAUCAAUAGUAUCAAUCACCACUUAUACUCAAGCAUCAUGUCCUUCUCUCAGGAGAUCUCAAUGGGGGAGUUUCUGGUCCACUCGUCUGUAAUCUGGUUGAACCCUCUGCCCUCUCUGGGCCGUCUGAGGAAAGAUCCAGAGCUCACGCUGUUCGGUGAGUUUACAGUCAGACUGACUCGCGUUAAAAUUCGCAGAUUUUCAACUUUUUUCCAACAAAGGCAUCUGAACACUCUGAGUCACUUUGUGUUUCAUCCUGCAGUUUUUAAACGAGCUGUUAUCCUGGUUUGUCGAGACAACAAACUGAAGAAGAGGAUGGUGAGUCUCCUUCUGUGUUAUCUUUGUUAUAAGUCUCUGAAAACAAUGUGAAACCUCUAAGCAGCACAGGAGAGAAGGUCUCUGUGUGAAGGACUAAACCUACAGGAGUCUAGGCUUACAUAUAUUGAUCACUUCUGUUUGCCUUCUCUCAGACUGGACGCUCAGCUGAUCUGGACCCCUUCAGGUUCCGCUGGUUAAUCCCAGUUUCAGCAGUUCAGGUCAGACCGGCCAACAUCACAGGUCAGUGACCAGCAGGAGGCGCUGUGCUGCAGCUGUUCUGUCUGUAUCAUAAUUGAUUCGAUAAACGCUCCUUUUUAAACAACCUGAAAGUGUCAAAGUCGUUUAUUCCUGUGUUUCGUUCAGGCUCAGAGAACCCAUGUGUUUGGGAGCUCGUUCACAGCCGGUCAGAGGUGGAGGGACGACCAGAGACGGUGUUUCAGCUCUGCAGCAGGUGAAAACAAAAUCCUUUCUGUCAUGUUCUGGGGCACUGGUUUGAUCAAAUGCCAAAAGAUACAUCAAAAGCUACGAAAAAAAAUUUACUGGAGUAAAUUUUAAAAUGUACGAUGAAUCAUAUCCCCGCCCUGCUUCACUCUGACCAAUCCAAAUGAACGAUUCUUUUCUGCAACUGAACGUGUCAAAAACUAAAGACAUGAUUCUUGAUUUCCGGAAGAAUCGACCUGCUACAGCCCAAACCUUUGUUAAUGGUAAAGCUGUAGAAGUUGUCAGUCAGUACAAAUACCUCGGUACUAUCCUGGAUGACAAAAUGUCCUUUAAGACCAACUCAGAUGCCAUGUGCCGAAAGGCAAAUCAGAGGUUAUUUUAUCAGAGGAAAUUGAGGUGUUUUAAUGUUGACAAAAAGCUUCUUAAAGUGUUUUACUCUUCUUUUAUUAAGUCCAUUUUAACCUUUUCUAUGAUAUCUUGGUUUGGUAAUCUCAGUAUCACGAAUAAAAACAAGCUGAAAAACAUUGUGAAACUUUGCCAAAAAGCUACUGGCAUGAGUCUUAAUGAUUUUGACUCUGUUUUUAAAUCCAGAGUCACUCAGAGGGCAAAGGCCAUUCUGGCAAACCCCCUUCAUCCUCUUCAUACUGAAUUUCAGCUUCUCCUGUCAAAGAGCAGGUUCACUUUUACUUGCAAAGCCAAAUCAAACAGGAAUCUCAAAUCCAUCUUCCCAACAGCCAUUGGUUUUUUGAAUAAGCUGUCGGUGAGAUUGAUGGGAACAAUGCACCCAUGAAAUUGUGCUGACUUUAUUUAUUUACAUGUAUUUAUUCAUAUAUUUCUGCUGUAUGCUAUCUUUCUGUGAUGUGAGAAUUGUGUGUUUUAUCUUCUGUUGUAAACCAAAUUGCCCUUAGAGGACAUAAAAGAAUUUCAAAUCAAAUCCUUUCAUUUCUGUGUUAGUGACCUGGAGUCGAAGGCGAGUGUCCUGCGAUCUCUGCGCUCCCUCCUCAGAGAACGAGCACCCUCCAGCUCCCUGAGGAGGAGCAGACUUUCAACAGCGGAGAGGAGCAGCUCCUGGAGGAGGCGGCAGCAGCGAUGUCGCUCUGACACGCAGAGAACGACUCCUCGGCCGCCGGAGGGGAGCUGCAGACGUGAUGGCAGGCUGAUGCUCGGGGAGACGUGCUCGGAGCCUCUGCUGCCGAGCUGCUCGACCUCUGAUCCCGCAGGGAAGAGGAGCAGACUGUGCUCCCUGACCAGCGAGCUGGAGGCCCAGCUGCAAAGGCUCAACUUCACAGAGGAGGAGGCUGAGAGGGGAGGAGCGAUGGUGUCUCACAGCGCGGAGGAGAAGAAGCAGAGCUCCAGUCUACGGCGAGGAGAGGCUGCAGACUAUGGUGGCCUGUUGGAGAGAGACUUCAGUGUUCAGAGCCUGACCUCCAUCAUCAACGAGGACUGUUUCUAUGACAAUAUGCUGGAGAUGCAACAGGCUGCAGAGACCUCACUACAGGACGGACUAACACUCCUUCACGAGGACACUGUCAGACUCCAGAGCUGAAAUCUGCAGAACUGGAGGGACCAGGAGAGAGAGAGACUAAAGACUGGAUCUAAUCUGACCUCCAUCAACAGGAAGUUCUCACAGGCCAGAGGACUCAAACAUCUGUCUCUUUAAGGGCAUGGAGUCUGUUUCAGGAGUUUUGGGACUGAUUCACCUUUGGCAACCAAAUAUCUGGACCUCUGGAUAUAAGUCUGUUUCUUUCCUGGGAGAGGACUUCGAGCAGUUCAAGUCAAACUUGUACACUUCUGUUUAAGAUAACUGGGCAUUUAAGGAGAUAAAUAUCAGGGACGCUCAAAGCGAACCGGUCAGCGGGAAAGGAAUCAAAGCUGUCAGAAACAUAUCAUCAAACUUUACAGAAAAAUCACAAAAACUGUAGCUGCACUGAGGAACGAAACCUCUGAAAAUACCAGAAAAUGUGUUCAAACCCAUAAACAGAGCCUCACAUUUAAGUCAAAACACUAUCAGAGAAGAUGAAGUUCAGACAGAUAACUUUAUCAAAAAACUUCAUAAAUAUCUAAAAAGAUUAAAACUAAAAAAGUUUAAAUCCACCCCUUUCAAGAUCUUCAACAGAAAAAUAAAGGAAUCACAGGAAAAUGUUCUUUUGCAUUUUCAACAUCACUCAGUGGAUUUUAAAGUUUCCCGGAACCAAAAACUUUCCAGGCUUUCCCAUCGAGGUCUCUCUUUUGUAAAGGUUUGCUGCUUCACAGAUCCAAAAACUCUCAAAAAUGUCGGACUUUAUUUCUGCUGCCUGAACUCGUCUUCGUCGUCGUUUCCUGUUGUAAAUAUUUCGCUGUACAGUUUGUAGUUUGUCUGUGUAACAGAUAUUUCUGGACAAAAGCAGUUUGAAGUUUGAAUAUCUGAAGCUGCUGGAUGGACUGAAGCCUUUUUGUGUCUGUCAGUUUGUAAUAUUAAUUGUAUUUAUAUAUUUUGUCACGUUUGUUUUGUAUUUCAGUUUGUGUGACUGAAACUGUCUUUUCCUUUUAAAAGAACUUUUCAUGUAUUUUUAUGAGCCGUUAAACUAUUUGGUAAUUUAUUUUCUUAAGUAUUUGUGUUCAUCUUUUUAAGAACUUUACGCUCUUAAAGUUCAAUAAAGAAAAAAGUAUUUAAUAUAAA